GUUAAAUGGCCAAACUCAACGGUAAACGAAUCACAUGAUUACUCCUUCAAUUACGAGCCUUUGAUCAUAAGGCCCAUUCUGAAUUAUUUUGGCAUCAUUAUCUAUACAUUUUUCUAGUUCUUUACCAAUUUUUGUGAGUCAACCAAACAAAGUAAUUAAUAUACAUUCAAUUUGGUAAUGGCCAAAAAUAUGAUAAGAGAGACCUGAAAACUCGGUAUAACACGAUACAAAAAAUCGACAAUAUUUGACGAUGUUUUUUUUUUUCUACCAUCUCUAUUGUUUACUUCAGCUGUUAUUUGCUUGUCUCAUUUAUUUAAAGAGAAAAAUUGGUGUAUUUACGUAUAAUGAAUAUAGAUGAAGAAUCCGAUUAUGAAGAAGAAGAAUUUUUAAUUUACGCUGACUUCAAAAAUCAACUCGGAUCGCUUGAACUGGAUGAAAAUACAGCAGUAAAAAUUAUAGGAAUUGAUAGUCAACCAAUAGCUGAAGUGAAUGGAAACAUAUUUAAAGGAACAUUUGAUUAUCCAUUGGGCACAUGUGUCUUCUUUGAAAAAGACCUUGACGCUGCACCAUCCGAUCCUUUAUUCGAAACCAGCUGCCGACAGAAGUAUAAAUAUUUCUCGAAAACAAAUAAAGUAAUAAACUUUGAACGGAUAUUUGUUGAAACCAAUUUGGAUAAAACACCUUGUGAGAAAACAAUCAUGGGUAAUAACCAGACAUCUGAAGAAAAAUGCGAUCCCACCGGAGAUGAAACGAAACACCACAAAUUAUCUGAAAAUGAUGAGCUUCGAAUACAUAAGACAUAUGACGAAGCAAUAAAACAAUUUCCACCAUAUGAAGGCGACACUUGAUUCAUUUAGUACAUGUACAAAUGUACAUAUAUGUAGUAUCUAUAUGGAAAUAAUAAAAUUCUGAUUUAAUGAUUUUUGCUAAA